UUCCCUUAUUCCCCGAAAACAGCAGUAAUUAAUUCCAUAAAAUCCAAUGACACGAUUUCUGUUAUAUCGAAUUUAGUAGAACCAAUCUUAUCGCUUGAUGUAAACUAAAAUUCGUGAUAUCAUGCUUAGAUAUACUGGGGUAUAAAAAGAAAACGAUUUUUAUUUACAGUUUAUAUGGUUGACCAAAAUGGAAAUUUCUUUAUUUUUUGUGGCAGUUGUAUUUUUCUGUUGGGAUGGCAUAUCAGGUGCAGUUGCAGAAAAAUUUCACGUCGAAGGAGACGGGGAAAUUAGUGGUGGAUAUAGGCACAUUGCAGGUGGAUAUGAGCACCAUGCAGCACCUAGUUCUACAUCUCCUAGAUCAUCUUCCCCAAGAAUGUCUUCAACUGGUAGCUCAUCCACUGGUAGCUGGGGACUCAUCCACUGGUCAACUAAAGGUAUAUCAACUGGUGGUCCACCUACUAGAGGUUCUACAGCUAAGACAUAUUCAACAAGAAGUUCUUCAAUUAAGAGUUAUCCAACUAGAAAUCCUUCAACUUGGAGCUCUUCAAUUAAAGGCUCUUCCCUUGAUAGCUCAACCACUGGUGGCUUUUCAGCUAAAGGCUUAUCUACUGGUCGCUCUACAAGUAGAGGAUCCUCAACUAAAAGUUAUCCAACUCGGAAUUCGUUAACUUGGAGUUCUUCAACUAAAGACUCAUCUACAGGUCGCUCUGCAACUAGGGGCUCUUCAACUGAGAGUGAUCCAAAUAGAGGCUCUUCAACUGAAAGUGAUCCAACUAAGAGCUCUCCAACUGGGGGCUCUUCAACAAAGGGUUAUCCAACUAUGAACUCUCCUACUAAGGACUUUCCAAGAAAGGUCCCACCCACUGUGAGCUUUUACACUGGAAUUUCUUCAAUUGGAAGUUUUCCAACUGUUGGCUCUUCUGCUAGAAAUUCUGAAGAAGAUAUACUGGCUCUACUAAUCCGGAAUCAUUGACACGUGGCUCAACUACACUAACAGGAGAAGGCUACUUCUGGUCGUAACUCUGUCAGUGAAGAAGAAAGUCCACCACCUAAACUUCAUCUACGGAACCAAAACACAUCACUGACUGCAAUGUUAAAAGAUUAGAAGAAUAAGUCUUUUUCUUUUGUAAAAUACUGUUUUCAAAUACUCAUAAUAUUCUCAACAUAAGCUGUAAUAAACAUUUUAUUCUGAAUUUUUAUUUAA